AUGCCGCGGAGCCCGACGUCCAGCGAGGAUGAGAUGGCUCAGAGUUUUUCUGAAUAUUCUCAGGAAUCCAGCUCAGAAAGUUCAAAAGAGGAGGCCAUCUAUGAGACGAUCAGGACAGAACAGACUGUCAGCCGCAUGACGGACGUCCAGAGCCACUCGCUGGUCAUUAGAGUGAAUAUCCCAGACCUGCAGCAGACGAAGUGUGUGCGGUUUAACCCCAGUGCCACGGUGUGGGUGGCUAAACAGCGCCUGCUGUGUACUCUGAGUCAGAAUCUGAAGGAUGUGCUGAACUACGGACUCUUCCAGCCGGCCAGCGGUGCUUUCUUGGAUGAAGAGUGUCUCGUCGGAGAAUAUCCACAGCUGGCCUGCGAGGACGCCGCGUCACUGGAGUUUCGCUACAAAACCAGACUGUACGAUCAGCCCGGUGUGGACGAGAAGCAGAUUGCCAGACUUCACACAAAGGCCAACUUGAGGAGGUUCAUAGAUUACAUCCGACAUCAUCAGCUAGAGAAGCUCUCCAAAAUGCUUGACCGAGGCCUGGACCCCAAUUACCAUGACAUGGACACUGGAGAGACGCCGCUCACCCUUGCGGCCCAGCUGGAGAGUACGGUGGAGUUUAUUAAAGCACUGAGGAACGGAGGAGCUCAUCUGGACUUCAGGGCCAAAGACGGCAUGACUGCGCUCCACAAAGCAGCUUGCUCUAAAAACCAGGCCGCGCUCAAGACGCUGCUGGAACUCGGGGCGUCUCCUAACUAUAAAGACAGUCGUGGUUUGACAGCGCUGUAUCACACGGCCGUGCUGGGAGGAGACACCGACUGCUGCGAGCUUCUGCUGAACGAGAACGCCUCCGUCUGCUGCCAGGACGAGAACGGCUGGCACGAGAUCCACCAGGCUUGUCGACACGGUCACGUCCAGCACCUCGAGCACUUGUUGUUUUACGGAGCAGAUAUGAGCGCUCAGAACGCCUCGGGAAACACGGCGCUGCACAUCUGUGCUCUCUACAACCAGGAGAAGUGUGCUCACGUGCUGCUGGUCAGAGGAGCCGACAAGGAGCUGAAGAACUGCAAUAAUCAGAGUCCGUUCCAGGUGGCCAUAAUCUCUGGGAAUUUCGAGUUGGCGGAGCUGAUAAAGAAGCACAGAGAAAGUGACGUAGCCUCAAGUCACAACAGCAGCGAAGGAUUACGAGCUCAUCAUCUUCCAGCGAGCGCAGCGCCGGACUCAUUCCUGCUCUCUGAUCUGGGAUGGGAUUUUGUAGGGACUGGAAUCGUUUGGGUCAUGGGUUCUGCCUGGUGCACAGCAGAGAGAGUGCGGUUCCCCGAGGUCCCGCUGAACUCCAGACAGCGACGGCCUCUCCAGAAGAACAAUCUUUCUAUGUCUCGGGUGCUGCUGCGCUCCAACAGCGACAAUAACCUGAUGACGCGAGCCGUGAGUCCGGAGCAGCUCAGUCUGUCCCCGCAGAAGAUGCAGAGAGACCCGAGAGGCCGGGGAAAGAUGACGGGCCGCGGCGGCAGGACCGUCCCGAGCAGCCGUUCCCUGUCCAUCAGCCUGGAGGACGAGCAGAGCACGCAGCAGAAACGUGUCAAUGGCAGGCCGUGUGGCCAGAGCUCCAGGAGAAAGCUGUACAGCGCUGUUCCCGGCCGUCAUUUCGUCGUCGUUCGCUCAUACCAACCUCAAGCUGCUGAAGAAAUCAGCCUGCACAAGAAUGAAAGGGUCAGAGUUCUGAGCGUUGGUGAAGGCGGUUACUGGGAGGGCUGCUGUCGAGGGCAGGUGGGCUGGUUCCCUGCCAGGUGUUUGGAAGAGAUUCCUGUCAAACCUGACAAAGAGAGACCAAAGAGCAGAAUGGAGCGCAGCGACAGGAAAAAACUCUUCAGACAUUUCACUGUUGGUUCCUAUGACAGCAUUGACAGCGACUGUGUGACCGAGCAGAAAACGGCGGUUUUACAGAAGCAGGAGAAUGAAGGCUUCGGGUUUGUGCUGCGAGGAGCUAAAGCAGACACACCCAUCGAGGAGUUCAUCCCGACUCCUGCGUUCCCCGCGCUGCAGUACCUGGAGUCUGUGGAUGAGGGCGGCGACGCCUGGCUGAUGGGGCUCCGCACGGGGGACUUUCUCAUUGAGAUGGCAUCACAUGGGUACCAUCGCCAGAACUUUGAACAAUAUGACUGUCAAACUCCUUCGGCUGCCCAGCAAAACAUGUGUUCCCAUAACAGAGCCCAUGUGCCAGAGAACCCAUAUUCAGACAUAGUUGGCAAACCUUUGUAUAUCCCACCAAAACCAGCUCGUAGGAAGGGUAUAUUGGUAAAGCAGCCAAAUGUUGAGGAUAGCCCUGAGAAAACAUGUUCAAUCCCAAUACCAACCAUUAUUGUCAAAGAGCCUUCAACUAGCAGUAGUGGCAAAAGCAGCCGGGGAAGUAGCAUGGAAAUUGAGACUAGUGCCUCCGAGCAGCCAGGCCAACUACGGCCAGACGGCAGUCACAUCGUGAGCAACCCUUUUGCAGCUGCUAUUGCAGGGGCAGUACGUCACCGUGAGAAGCGGCUUGAAGCACGCAAGAACUCCCCAGCCUUCCUGUCGAUGGAUCUCGGAGAUGAGGAUCCAUUUAUCCCAACCCCUCGUUUACGCCAGUCUAUGUCCAUAGAUGAAGGCAUGUUUGCCAGCGAUAAGAGUUUACAAAAGCUUAUGGCUCCACCGGCUUCUUUAUUAGAGCACCAGCAAAUUGUAAGUGGAGGCAACAUGGCUGGCUUUACCAUCCCAGAACCAACAACUGAGCCCCUCACAACACGCACCAGGAGCUUCCCCAAUACAGACGGUCCCAUCAGUCUCGAUGGAGAUUUCCAAAACCAGACAUUAGGAAAGACUUGUGAUAUUUGUCCACCCUUUGCUCUGGGUCUAGCUUUAAGUAAUAGAGCUCUGAAGGAGCACGUGCAACCCCCACUUCCUCCACCUAAAAGAGAACCUCACAAAGCAAACCUCAACCAGCCACUCUUCAUAGACACCAAGCUACGGUCCAAUAUUGAUGCCAACUUUGUUGCCACAGCUUCAGUGGGUCAACCAAAAGAUUGUGGAGGUUUGUUUAGACACACAAGAGAGUCCAAUCAUGAAACAGAAAAGGCAAAGGAAAGAAAUCCAUCUGAGCAGUCGAAGAACUCCAAUAACACAUCACAACAGCAGUCAUCGGGGCUCCUCAUGGUCCACACACAAGAUAAGGCCAAGCCACAAGUAAACACUCAGCCUGAUAGAUUAGAACAAGAAGAGUCCCCAGAAAUGGUCAGUGCACCCAUUGAGUACAACGUCAAACUUACAGCCCCCAACUCCCGGCCACCUCAUACAAGGAACGUCGUCACCUCUGCCACCUCUGUGGAGGAGCCUGUCAAGCUUCCCUGUACCAUUCCUCCUCCCCCAAUGACCUCAGUGGAUAUUGAUGAGGAGUUUGAACCCUUGCCUCCACCUCUGGAGUUUGCCAACAGCAUUGAUGUUCCUGAGGACCAGGUAGCAGAAAUUCUCAAGCAGAAAAAGAAUAACAUAAUAGGACCCAUGCCUGUUUAUCAUUCACGUGCUUAUACAACUGACAGUGUGGAGUCCAAGUGUCUUUCGGGGCUUGUAAACUGCACGACUCCUCACACCUACCCUCCACCACCUCCAGAAAUGUUUGAGCCCGUCACGGACUCAGGCAUUGAGGAAGCUGACAGUCGGAAUAAUGGGGACCCUCACUUUGAGGCCAACGGUACAGUUUCCACAGUGUCCAGUAUUUCUACUCUUUCAUCAGAGGGAAUUGAUGACACAUGUAUAUACUAUGCAGAUGGGCAGACUCUUUUGGUGGACCGACCACCUGUUCCACCAAAGCCAAAAACGAAGCCCACAAUCAACAAAAGCAAUGCACUUUACAGGGACCCUUUGCACGAUAGGAUACACGAGAGCAUAGAGUCCUUCGGACAGCCACCACCAGCCCCUCCGCCAUACCUGGGUUAUGGAGCACAAUCUGAACUUCGCAAAAAACUUGCUCAGCGAGGCACUAAACUCUGGGACCACCAUGAGCUCCCAAACCCCCUCUUACCCAAUGCAGGUCCUAAAGCCAAUGUGAUCAAUGACCUUAGCUCCAAACUUCAGCAGAUGAACAAGGACAGAUUUCCAAAACAGAUUGCAGGAUCCAGAAGCAUUGGAUCAAGAGAGUGGACGGCCCAAGCCUCAGGUACCAAACGCAGCAACACAGUUCCCUCAAUAACCCCGAGCCACUUGCCCCUUCAGGCUUCCAGUCCAGCCUCGCCUCCUCCUGAAUCUGGUCGUUGCUCUUCUCUGCCAGGCUCUGCCGCCUCCCCCACAUUAACAGAUGUAUUUAGCCUGCCAUCUCCACCCAUUUUGAAUGCAGAGCAAUGCUACAGCUUCAGCUCAGUCAGCAGUCGAUCGCCGUCCCCUCUCACGCUGUUUCAGGCUUCAGACAAGCCCUUUGCCGACAAACCCAUCCUACUCUGGACCAAGCACGAUGUAGCCAACUGGCUUGAAAGCCUCAACUUGCAGGAACACAAGAAGGCCUUCUUGGACAAUGAAAUUGAGGGCACCCACCUUCCCAACCUCCAAAAGGAAGACCUUGUAGACUUGGGUGUCACCCGUGUUGGUCACCGGAUGAACAUUGAAAGGGGUCUCAAACUUCUAAUGGACAGAUAAAGGGUGCAUACACUCGGUACAGUGCUUGGCAUGGAUAUUGGCUCGAUCAAUCCCUCGUUUUCUCCAGCUUCUUUCAGCCUAACUGUGUUGCAUCUGUUGAAAAGUGUGGGGCGAUGUUCUCUGUAUUGUAUUCAGAGGCACAGUAAGUACCAUGGAUGCAGAACUGCACUCAGGAACACUUCUAAGAGGACUUGUUCUUGCCAUCAAA